UAGUAAAAUGCAUAUUGUAUAUCCACAAAUAAGUUUAUGUUAAUCUUAUUAUAUUUUUCAUAUCUCACUAUUAUUUAAUAUCAAAUUUUUCUAGUUCACCAAUAUAUUGAUUAUAAAAAUUAAUUUAUUGUGGAACAGCUCUUGCACUAACUAUUGGUAAUUCAUAGGUUAUCAACAAGUAAACCCUCUUACCAUUAUGCUUUUUACUAAUCCCCUAAUAAAUAAUUAACUUUUCCAUAUUACUCUAGCUAAUGAAAUCCCUUCUCCUACAUCUGCAUCCCCUCUUCUUCCAUAAAUCAGAGGANUCAUCAAAUUCUGAGAAUUCACAAACAGUAAUUGCAGCCUUAAAAUUUAAAUGAUAUAUACUUUAACUUAGUUUUAUUUAUAUGAUUUUGUCAAUGAACUUAUAUUUCCUAAUAACAAUGCUCCAGUUGUAUCUGUAGGUUCUAUUAUUAAGGAUGUUGAUUCAGGUAUUAAGUUAAUUGCUUGAGAUUAUUACAUCUGAUUAUAAAUAUAAAAA